AUACAAUUUUCUGCGCAAUGCGAAAAGCUGGAUUUGACAUGGACGAGCACAUUGCACCCAUGUCAGAUUGCUUGUAUGUUAUGAUCAAGAGAAUAUACAAUUAAGCAACAGUAACCAUGGAUUGCAAUGAGGAGGAUAGUGAACCAUCUGACAUAGAGGAGCUAGAGUUUGCAUUAUAUUCCCAAAUUCAUUAUGAGGCGCAAAGUGAAAUCUGUAAUACUACUGACUCCCUGAACAAUCAAAUCAGUGACUCAACUUGCACAACAGAUAUCAACUGGCAUUAUGACAUUGGUGUCGAAUAUGUGAACAGUUCGGGUAAUUCUAAAACAAGAAAACACGAGUUAUUUGUACCUACAAAUGUGACACAGAAUUGUGCUUAUGUUAAGAAAGACCAGAAAAUAAGCUCUACAUUUACGUCCAAAGGAGACAGUGCUUUUGAGUCAGAGAGUUUCCUGGGUGUGAAUUCAAUAGAGAACUCGGUGGUUAUAAACUCUGACUUUGUGGAUAGUGACAGAGAAGAAAGAUCCAAAAUGAUGGAGGUAUUAUCCAGAAGCAAGAAGAGUAAAUUGGUCAAUGCCAAGGAAUCUGUGAUAGAGAUUGAAUCUGACAGUGAGGACAGCAUUAUUCUGCUGUCUGACAGUAUUGACAGUGAUGUUGAUGGGUGCUAUGCUUCUCUGAACAGUGAUGAUAUGCUGUUGGAUGAGGAACUCUCAGACCUAGAGGGAUUACAUGUUAAUGUUGAAAAAGAACACCAGUCUAUGCUCUCUACUGCAUAUAACUUUGAGCACCACCAGGAAACUUGGUUUAUAAUUGAUGCUGAUCGAUAUGGCACAGCCCCACAUCAUGUGAAGAAUCGUUACUAUGGCAAUGAAUUUAACAGGUGUUACAACUGUAAACAAAAUGGGCAUAUUCCAAGAGACUGUCCUAAGCCAAGGAAGGUGGAGAUUUGUAUUCUGUGUGGUUUUAUUGGACACUUCCACAAAAACUGUCAACAGAGGGCAUGUUACAAGUGUCAGUGUCCGGGUCACCAAAGCAAAGACUGCCAGGAACGCUAUUUCUCCAAGUGGAAUCCAUGCUUCCGCUGUGGCAUGCAGGGACACAUUAAGAAAAUGUGCCCAGAUGAAUGGCGACAGUAUCAUAUAACUACAGAUAUAAACAGAACCCAAAAAAGUCAACAGAAGGAAAAUCCAAGGAAAUUCUGCUACAACUGUGCUGAAGAGGGCCAUUAUGGAUUUGAAUGCGAGGAGGAGAGGAUGGAUCACUACUCGUUUCCCACCUGUCCUUUUAUACAAAGUUACAACUUUCCAAAAGUGACAAAAUCCCAAAAGAGAAGAAACAAUAGAGAGGAUGAGAAGCAUUCCGCUAAGAGGGCAAAAACUGUCACAAAGGAAAAACCAGUGUUGAAUGGGGUUGACUCUCUAAAAGAAGGAAAGAAGAAGAAAAGUAAAAAGUUAAAAAGAAUUUAUGAUAGACUGGAAGUGGAGAAACUACAGAAAAAGAAGAAAAAGUCUGGGAAAUCAUGCCUGAUGUCAAAUCAGAACACCAAGUCCAAGAAAAAAGUAUGUGUGGAAGUGACUGAUCAUGACAGAAGUGUGAAGGUUCAGUGUCAAGCGAUGAGAGUGACGAAAAAGCAGAACAAGAAAAGUAAAAAGUUAAGGAGAAUUUAUGAUAGAAUUCAGACAGAGAAGCAAAAGAAAGACACAUCUCGUAACAGGAGAUAUAAUGGAACACAGGAAUAUGGGAACUGUAAUCCAAAUUGGCAGAGGAUGAAAAGUUCCAUGAAGGACUCAACUGGACCUGUAAAGCAUGCAGUGAAGAAAAAGCAGUCAUCAAAGAAAAUUACCUUAAUGACUGGUGUCGAUGGCAUUCCUGUUAAUGCUUUAAAGGGUUUUAAAACAAAAUUUUCAUUUAAACAAUAGAUAUGUAUAGAAUAUUACAUGUUAAAAUCCAUAUCAUAAGUCUUAUCCGCCUGAGGGCCAAUGACCCAAUGAUGGGGCCCAAGGGCUGAUAUGACAUAUGAUAUGGAUUUUAGCAUAUAAUAUUAUAUUUAUCACAUGCUGAACUUUUCAUAGUUAAAUACUGUAUAUGGAACAGUAUAGUGUUUGUGAUGAUUUUUGUUUUUUUGAUACGGAGUCCGAGAGCUGAUUUUAUGAAUUAUUCGUUUUAUAACAUGUGGAUUACUUUUUUUUGCGUUUUAAACAUCAAGGUAUAUUUGAUACAUUACUUUACAGUUUACUAUGGUAAAAACCUUAAUACAAUGGUUUACUCUCAGUCUGGUAAAAACUUUGAAACGUUGAUCGUUACGUGGGAAUACGUAACUUCCAGAUUGAUGAAUGUUUGACGCUGAUCUGAUGUGUGAUAUGGGUUUUCUGACCAGUAGUUGAUACCAGCUAUCAUGACAUCAGUAUCGCACAACACAGAAUGGGCAUAAUCAUUACUCAGUAUAUGAUGUAUAUAUACAGUGCUCCCUCGAUAUAUUGCCAACUUUUGUUCAAGAUCAAUUUUGGCAAUUAAACGGGGGUGGCAAUAUAACAAAUAUACCAUUAUAUACGACUUAUUGAGCAGUCAAAAGAAAUUCGAUUCUGUAAAUUUAUUUGAGCUCCAUUCUAUAUAAACAUUUAGAUAUUCUUGAGUUUAAUUCAGCAAUUAUUUGUAAUUAACCUGAAUACCUUGUCCAGACUGUCACACUUCACUGCAUUGCUCUCAAAGUACAGGUGUGAUUAUUGAUGAGUAUUAGGUUAUUGGCAUUAUUAUUGAGAGUAAACCCUAUAAAAUUUGACCAUUUGUUUGUGAAAAUCAGUGGCAUAUGGUAUUAUGCGAGGUUGGCAUUAUAACGGGGGUGUUAACAUGGGGAGAAAUAUGUUCUAUAGGAUUUCCAGGCAAUAGGGGGGGGGGGGGGGGGGGGGGGGGGGGCAUUAUAAUGGGGAGCAAUAUAUCAAGAGAGCACUGUAUAUUCUAUAUUUAUAGAUCUAUAUUUGAAAUUGUGUUUUCCAACUGGAAGUGGCAUUAUGAUAAUUGAUGUAAAUCGAGCACUGUAAUUGAAAUAUGAAUAUGGAUGUAUAUUGAUGGAGAGCUGAGAUUGUAUUGGUCAGGUCUGUUGUUGACAUUUAUUUUGUUUUCUAUUGAAUUCAUGCAUCCUUGUUGAUCUCAUCUGAAUUCUAGAAUAAAUCCUGUAAUGAAGAACAUUAUGUCUUGUUCACAAAGUAACCACCAAAUUAUACAGGAAAUCAGCUGGGAAAUAAUCAUUGUUUUAUUUUCAAAAAUUAUUUUUAUAUUCAUACAAAAAAUACUCCAAACUUUACCAAUAUGUGGCCCUAUAAAACAUUAGAAAUGUUAACAUGUUAGAAAUGACUUUUAGAAAACUUACUGUCAUUGGAACCAAUGCUUAUCGAAAAUAUACAUGUGAAGAUAAU